AUGAGAAGAGUUCGCAUCCUCUGGAUGAGCGCCGCACGGAGAUCGGUUGAGGGAACUUGCCGCACGACACUCGACACCUCCCGUCCCUCUGUUCCAACCCGAGACUGCAGACGCUUGAGCUCGCUCGCCGCCUGCCAUGCCGCGUCGCAGGCUGACGAGGUCCACGCGUCCGGCUCGGAGGACGCCAGGCGGUUCUACCAAGCCGCCUUGUCUCCUGCGCCGCGCAAAGCAGAUGGGCGCUUCACCGGCGAGUGCGCUUUCGAGGCGCAUGCAAGGCCCUCGAUGCGCCAAGGAAGAAUCUGUGUAGGCAGCGAAGGCGAGGAUAGGCGAGGCCCGAGUGCGUUGGAAACACGCGGUGGAAGGUCUCUUCCUCAUCUCGCUCAUGCUGAGAACGAAGCUGGCGUCUGUGUCCCCACAGCGACUCGAGGCAGGCAACGUGGAACGCGAAUUCGGUUGAGACAGUUGGAUUUUCACUCAGCAGUAAGGAGGAGCAGAUCUGUCGAGGGCGUGCUGGAGAUUUGUGCGCAGUUCCUGAGAGAAAUCAAAGACGAACUGGGAGAUUGCUGUGCGAGGGAUGCCAGCAGACACGCGAAGAGGCCCCGCUGUUCGCGGACGACCCGACAGCUGCGCGACCAGCUGAGUGGAGAUCCAUCGAAUCCCACUCCGGACGCGGUCAAGGCAGUUGAGACGCCGAGCUGUCCUCGGCCGGACGUUUCCGACUCGGCGUCUCCGCGCGAAGCAGCUGGCGAGCGUCGGCCCUCCAGUGAACGCCGUUCCGACGUCUGCCAACUUUUGCCUUUGUCAGACUCUUCGCCUUGUUCACACACAGACGCCAGCAGGGACGCGAAGGCCUUCGUCGCGAGAACGGCGCGGUUUCCUUUUUCCCCGCACCGUCUUUCUGUCGCGGACCCUGCGUCGGCGCCUUCCUCUCCGUGCGUUUCUUCGCACGUGUCUCCUGGUUUCUUGGGACCUACGGUAUGUCCCCACGUUGCUGCGGAUUUAGGUUGGAUCAACUCCGCGCACGUUUUGCACCGCCUUGCGCUCCUGCAUGCAGACGCCUCGGAGAGCAGCCGGCGCAAGGCAGUUCCUAACGCGUCCACACAGCAAACGCGCGGAUCUCGCGCGGGACAGGAGUCGAGACGAGCUCGGGUCGGCUCCAGAGACGACAACGAGGUCGUUGACAGCCCUGAGAAACUUCAACGCGGAGGAGUUGCAGGUUCGCCCUCUGGGGUGGAAGGCUCUGGCGUCCAGGCGGCAUCAGAACCAGGCGCCGCGGGCCUCUCGGCAACGCGUAGCGGAGACACAAAAGCCGCCGAAGAUUUGCUUCGAGACACCCGUUUCCUCUCUGUUCUAGGUUGUGUGCUCCAUCACCUCCGACAAGUGCACGAAGCAUUGCUCGAAUCGGAGAACUGUCCUUCAGCACGUGGCAUUCGUGAAGAAAACGCAGUUUCAAACCUGCAGAGCGUCAAUCUCGGCAGGCCGGUGAGCUGGCGUCCCAACAUCCGCUCGCCGCACGCACACCCGCCGCCCGGACCAGUGCCUCUGCGCGACGGCGAAUCUCCCGGGGAUCGUCAGCAUGGGCCGCAUGCACUUCCGAAAACAGGGACUGCUUACAAGGAGAGCAGCCCUGUUUGGUCUGCUUUUUCACGCGCCUGUGCAGCAAUAGGGGACCAAAUAUUUGUUAAAGACAGUGUUCAAGUCGUUACACCUCUCGUGCGGGUUUCCCUCCCGUCCUCGCAUUCCAGGCGGGACGAAGCUUCUCCGCGAGCGGCGCCCUCUGGGGAGGGUUCCUCCGGGACGUGUCCCCGCGUUUUGCUCGCGAACCUCCCCAUUCCGCAUGCACUCCAUGGGGCCGCCUCGACAGCAGGGAAGGCAGACGACCCUGCUGUUCUCGCAGCUGAGGCGACAGCCAGUGCACCCCGAGCCGCUGUGGCUGCAGAACCCGGAUGCGCCCGAUUUCCUCCCCCCCGCGCCCUCGCGAACGCGCAACAGCUUCGAGAACGUGUCCACUGCGAUGCCGCUCCGUGCGAGCAAACGCGCGGAGAAGGCGGGUGGUUGCCGGCGCGGCCAGGCAGCGUCGCGCGCGAUGGGAGUGGAAAGACCGAGACACGCGGGCCGACGGCUGCGCAGCUGCGAUUUAUCGCCUCCCUGUGUUGGGCGUGCGGGAAGCUGCGGCUGCCAGGUGCUCUGGGGGCCCAUUCAGUUGAACUGCACUCGUCCACGGGCACUGCUCGAAGUGGAGCGCUUCCAGCCUUCUCGGGAAUGUCCGCGGCGGGCAGCAACGGGAACGCGCCAAGUGCGAAAGACGGAGAUGCCUCCCGCAGUGGCUUGGAACCCUCAAGUUCGACCACUGGACGCAGGCGUCCGGUUCCGCGUGCUGAGCCGUCCGAGAGCGGAGGCUCCGCCUCGUCCCCUGGCGUUCAACCAGGACCGAGCGGCUGCACUCGUCCACUGGCUUCGGAUGGUGCGCGCCCGGUGGCUGCCGCCCCUGCUCUCGACAAACAGCAAGCGGACCUAAUGGUAGGAAGGCGCCUGUGCUCCGAAAUGUUCUGCCUUCUCGAGAACUGCGUGGUACGGUGUCUCCCGUUUUUCCGGCCUCGUGAACUGUCACUCGGCCUCUGGGGCGUUGCGCAGUGCCACGCUGCAACUGCAGGCCCGUCGGGUCCCGAAGACGGACGCGGCCGGGGUACGACCAGGGUUCGGGAGAACUUCUGGCGACAAGCCGUUGAGGGCAUUCGUCGUCGCCUUCCGGAACUGCCCCUGCGAGAGCUUGCCAUGCUCGCGCAGACCUGCUGCACUGUGGGAUAUCGAAACGAGGCUCUCAUGGGGGCGGUCGCUGACGCCAUGCUGCGCUGCCUGCCGAGAGAGUGGGAGCAGUCUCGCGGGAGGCCGACGUCCUCACGCAGCCACAAGACGGGGCGCCCGCUGGCGGCGUCAGAGCCAUGCAGAGCGCGUCAACAGGCAGCUGCGUGGGGACGUCUGCCUAAGGGUGUCUCCGGCGCUUCCACCGAGAUUGUGGAUGUGGACACACGACAUGUGCGCCAAAGGGAGGACAUCCUGGGCGGGCCUAACGGAGCACAAAAACACACACCCUCUCGGUCUGGAGAGGCAGACGUCGGCCCGCUCGACGACGCAGCUGCCACGACGCUGGGGGCAAACGUGUCCGUUCUCUUGCAAUCUUUCGCAGCCCUCGCGGUGCCGGUUCCCAACAGCUUUCGGGCGGUUGCUGCGUUGCUGCUGGACGAUCGGGACUCUAUGGCAGAGACAGUGGACGGCGACGUAAGGCGGACGUCUCCAGGUCCAGCCGAGCUUGCUCCACGGCGACAGAUCACCCACGGAGUGCAGAAGAGUGCAGAAAGGGAGGGACGCGGAGAUCUCGCGCCGCCGCCCGCGGCGCCCACUCGAGAUGUGUCGGGAGUCGCGCGUUCGUGUGCGAACAGCCACCUUUCUUCGCCACAUAGCCUCGGCCCGUUUUUGGCCUCGCUGGAGCCAAGCCAUGUGACGUCCCUGGCCUGGGCCUUCUCCGCAUUCCUUGCUGGAUCGGCUCGUGGCAACGCCGUGGGACGUGCCCAAAGGUGUGGAGCUCGCGCAGACCUAGGAGGGUGUGAAGGCGCGGCUCACCGAACAUCUCUGGUGAAGCAAAGCAGAGAUGACUCCGCAGACGAGGCACACUGCAGGGUGGUCAGCGAGGCCAAGGAAAGCUUGACUGCCUUGAGUGUCGCACCUUUUGGAUGCGCAAGCGGCAGGGACGCCACGCACGAAAGACCGUUUUCACUGUCGCUACAGAACGGGCGAAGGGGUGAGCAGCAACUGUUUUCCGAGCUCAGUUCGUACCUUGCUUCACAUGCACACUGCUACGGCCGGCGGUACUCGACGGCUGAAAAAGUACAGCUGUGUUGGGCAUUGGCUCUUCAAGACAUUUACAUGCCCACCUUUCUGUGCUCGGCCCUCACCGCGUUGGAGCGGGCGAGUCGGCGCCCCAAAGGCAUGCGAAUUCGUUCAGCAGUAGGCCGAUUCCCGCUGCCUGCCGAUCGUGGCGCUGGCGUGGGUGAAUCUGGCGUCUCGAAAUCUACGGUUUCGCGUGGUGAAAAUCUGAACGCCUGUACCCCGGAGGGACCGUGCUCCACCCCUUUCAGCCGAUUGCUUGACGUGGAGCCCUUAGACGAUUCCCUUCUUCCUCACAAGCUACAGACGCAGCUUUAUCUUUCGACUCUUUGUUUUUUGACGCGAGGAGACACGAGCCUCGUUUUCGGCAGUGCAAGAGACUGGGGCCGGCACUCUCCCGUAAACGAGGGGGUGUCAUCGCAGUCGGACGCAGGUUUCGAGCGACAAAGUCAGCUGCCUCGGCCUGCGACGGAUGUUGCUCAUACAGUGAACGAAUCGAGAAGCUGCUCCGCAUUUCACCAAGGUGCGAUCGAGAAGAUCGUGCCCCCGGUGGAGAAGCUCGGCCAAGUGAGGACAGGAAAAAGCAAGGAUCUCUCGGUUACCCGUCCACGGUGUGGUUUGGCACGAGCUCUGGAACGAGCGCGGGUGAAACAGAUAUCUUUACCGACGGCGUUUUUCCGAUGCCGCGCUGCACUGGAUACACAUCCCGACCGUACCCCCCACUACGUGGUUUCCCCGCUUCACAUCAAGGUACUUAUUGAGCUGAGGAAAAUCCUGCACACCAGAGAGGAGAUACGCGAACAGCCGACCUGUAUUCUCCUGGAGGGAGUAUUCGCUCCACAAAGCGUGGUAGGGAAACUGGCGGAGAAACAUAAGGAAAAGGAAACGCCUGGAGCGAGCGUGCGCAAAAAGGCCGCGGCUACUUGGGAUAUCGUCCCGGAGUAUCGGGACUCAAGUGGGAUCUGGGUGGACAUUGUGGCGAGGCCACGAGCACCAGAGUCCAGCGCGUGA